AUCACGUCCUUUACGUACAGCAAUUGGCGUAGUGCAAGCGUGCCACUCAUACUGGUUCAGUGAGUUAUUGGGAGUGUUUUUUUCUUUCAGAGGGAAUGUCAAGCUCAGAAGUCCUGGCUGGUGAAGUGGAGGGGAACGGCGACAUAAUGGCUCAACAGAAGAACCUGGAGGGCUACGUGGGUUUUGCUAAUCUCCCCAACCAAGUUUACAGGAAGUCAGUGAAGAGAGGCUUUGAGUUCACUCUGAUGGUUGUGGGAGAAUCUGGCUUGGGGAAGUCCACACUGAUCAACUCGCUCUUUCUCACCGACCUGUACUCCCCAGAAUACCCCGGUCCUUCCCACAGGAUCAAAAAAACUGUUCAGGUGGAGCAGUCCCAGGUUCUGAUAAAGGAAGGAGGGGUCCACCUUCUGCUGACCAUCGUUGACACGCCUGGCUUUGGGGACGCCGUAGACAACAGUAACUGCUGGCAGCCGGUGACCGACUACAUUGACAAUAAGUUUGAAGACUUCCUCAACUCAGAGUCGCGGGUCAACAGACGUCUGAUGCCGGACAGCAGAGUGCACUGCUGCCUGUACUUCAUCGCUCCGUCUGGUCAUGGGCUGAAGCCGCUAGACAUUGAAUUUAUGAAGCGGUUACAUGAAAAAGUCAACGUCAUUCCCCUCAUCGCCAAAGCUGACACAAUGACUCCGGAAGAGUGUCAACAGUUCAAAAAACAGAUCAUGAAAGAAAUCCAUGAGCAUAAAAUCAAAAUCUACGACUUCCCAGAGACGGACAAUGAGGAGGAGAUGAAGAUGAUCAGAAAAAUCAAGGAUCGUUUGCCUCUCGCUGUAGUUGGCAGCAACACGAUCAUCGAGGUCAACGGGAAGCGGGUCCGGGGCAGGCAGUACCCCUGGGGCGUGGCUGAAGUUGAAAAUGGAGACCACUGUGAUUUUACUAUUCUCCGUAACAUGCUGAUAAGGACUCAUAUGCAAGACCUGAAGGAUGUCACUAACAACGUCCACUAUGAGAACUACCGCAGCAGGAAGCUGGCUGCUGUCACCUAUAAUGGUGUUGACAACAAUAAGAACAAGGGCCAGCUAACCAAACCUGACACACCUGAUGACAUGAGCCCCCUAGCUCAAAUGGAGGAGGAGCGGCGCGAGCACGUGGCCAAGAUGAAGAAGAUGGAGCUGGAAAUGGAGCAAGUGUUUGACAUGAAGGUCAAAGAGAAGGUCCAGAAGCUCCAAGACUCUGAAGUGGAGCUCCAGAAGCGUCAUGAGCAGAUGAAGAAAAACCUGCAAGCUCAGUACAAAGAGCUGGAAGAGAAGCGGCGUCAGUUUGAGGAGGAGGUGAACACCUGGGAGACUCACCAGAGGAUCCUGGAGCAGCAGAAGCUAGAACUUAACAGGACCAUUGACAAGGGCAAGAAGAAGAAGAUCUUUUAAUCUUUCUCUGGACUGUUGGUUCUGAUCUGCCAAGCUGCCAAUCAUCUGCUGAUCAAAGUACUCCCACCGUUUGACCACCUUACUGUGUGACUAUCAAGUGAAAGCCAGUGGGCAGCAGCAUAGUCUGAGUUUAACCUUAAAUAACUCAUUAUUUCUUUUCUGGAUCUAUUUUGGGGCACACAAAUGUACGCAAAGAAGCAUGACUACUAUUUUAUCUUCCUGAUUCAAACAGACGGAGUUCAGUCAUUCUUUGCCCUUUGUUCUUCUGCUUUGGGAAUAUUUCAUGCUGCACAAUCUUUUCAAGCCAAAACCCAAACAAAGGGUCAGCCCACCACUUCCUGUACACUCAAAGUGUGAGGCUGCAGUUAGCAUGAGCCACUGCUGCUUUAAUUAAAACUGUAACCAGGUAUAGCAGUGUUUACUCAUGAUUGUUCAUAAUUUCUUCCCUUCUGUUCUUUCCUGUUGGCCUGUGGAUAGAAACUGUGUUUAAUGUGAGUGUUGUAGAUGGUGUUGCCCCUGGAAACCAAACGGACUCCUCAGUGGGCUCACGCAGAGCGGAACCAAUCAGGAGAGGGCGUUGUGCAGUCGGUGCUUGGAUUAGACUUUUGGAGCUUCUACAGAUUUUGCAUAAGAAUAUUUUCCAACAGAAACUUCUUUUGAAAGAUGAAGCAGACUGACUGUCUGUCCUGCUUCAAGUUGACAGUAAACAUCAGUUGGACUGCAUCUAUUUUUUGUAAUGUUAUGUUUUAAUGUACAAAGUCACAAAAUAAAACUGUGAUGGCGAAAAUAAAGGAUAUUCAUUGUAA